UGUGAUGUUCCUGAUUGAAGUCCUCGGGGUUGAGCUUUAUGUCCGAGAGGAUUGGCUUACGCUGGAGAUCCAAUGAGAUCAAGCGAAGCCUCAUAAGCCUAGCGUGUGUUGACAUAAGUCUCUUCUGUACCCUGGCUCGCCUGGUAAGCCAGUUGAUGUUCGCUCGUUUACUAGUUUUCAUCCAAUGAGCAAAUGGAUAUGUUUAUGUUCGCAGUUUGAGGUUCUUCCGACUUCGAAAAUACCGUGAGUGAAGGAGGUAUUAGGGAAAUUGGAACAUGUGAGAAGCAUAUAUAAGUAGCUCUCUCAUGCCCAAAAGCAGGAAUCUUUCUACCUCGAGUUCACAUUCCUUGAAUUCGGUACCAUCAAUCUGCUAGUUGAAUUGCUUCUCACCUCUUUUCGAAACCGUCCUUGAUCAUGUCCUCAGCGCAAAAAAUCAUCGUCGUAGUUGGUGCGACAGGGAAUCAAGGCUCAUCUGUGGCCAACACUUUCCUCAAACUUCCCAAUUGGCACGUCCGAUGCCUGACGAGAAACACCGCUUCUCCAGCGGCACAAAAUCUGUCAUCUCAGGGAGCCGAACUCGUCAAAGCAGACCUCUCAGACCUCUCGUCCCUCUCCAAGGCUUUCGAGCACGCCAAUGCGAUAUUCGUCAACACCGAUUUCUGGGCACAAUACCGCAACGACACAUCCAAGACUAAAGACAAGAGCGAGGAGUCCUACGAACUCGAAGUCUCUCACGGAAAGAAUGCCGCUGUCGCAGCUGCAGGCGUGAAGACGCUGGAGAGAUUCAUAUAUUCUGCUCUCGGACCAAUGAAGAAAGCCUCGAAAGGGAAAUAUCCGCACUCUUACCACUGGGAGAGCAAGAACGCCAUUGUCGACUACAUCGAGAACGAGCAGCCUGAGUUGGCGAAGAAGACUUCCUUCAUAUAUUUGGGAGCUUACGCUACCAACGCUUUUCUCGUCCCCAAGCUCGACCCAAGCACGGGGAAAUAUGCUUUGGUCAUUCCUAUGAAGAAAGAUACCAAGAUACCGAUCAUCGAUCCUGGCAAGUCAACCGGUCCAUUCGUUCAGGCUCUCGUUGAAACAGAGGAGCCGGGGCAAAAGCUGUUAGCUUAUGAUAGUAACUUGAGCAUGGGCGAAAUUGUGGAUGUCUGGUCCAGAGCCACUGGGAAGGAGGCUGUCCUAAACGAGGUGACGGUGGAUUUCAUGCACAAGCAGUUUGGUGUUCCAUUGGAAGUUCUUGGUGGUCCUGCUUUCAUUGAGGAGUUUGGGUAUAUGGCUGGACUCACUGGGGUCAUUGAGCCACAUCAACUGAAAAGGAAGGUUGUGACGACUUCCUUCGAAGACUUCCUGAAGACAAGAAAUCAUGAUGAGCUUAUGAGCGAGGCCAAAGCUGAAAUGGAUGGUAUCAAAAAUUGAAAGCUGGAUAGGUGGAUAAUGAGAAAUGAUAUCUUCGACACAUUAUCUCGCUGUCACUCUGAAAUGCAACUGUCCUCGAUCGACUUCUCGUUUGCUAAUGUUGUGAAACACUUCUGAGAUUUGACUUAACAU